ACCCAAAUCGCGACUGAAAUCAGAGAAUCCGAGCGAUCCCAUUGAACGUUGGAGAAGACUCCAGGUGUUACAAUCUCCUUGUCCAUUCAAAUUCGUACAAGAAAUCCGUUGCCAACCUUAUCCUCUAGCGAGAAUUUGAAUUUCGAAUUCAAUUUCAUCCCCCCACAAAUCUGCCCUAGUUCUUUUACGGUCGAAAAAAAAGGAUCAUUUUUAGAGUAAAGGUCCUCUUCUUCUGUUAUUUUUGAGUAGUUGUUGGUGGUGGUGGAAAGCUUUUCAACUCGUCAUCGUCUCAGUUGGCUGCGCUCCAAAAGUUGGCUAGAAUAAUUAUGAGCAAAUUGUGGGCUUUGCUUACUCACCUCCAUGCUCUUGCCGGGCCAGUGGUGAUGUUACUCUAUCCUUUAUAUGCAUCAGUAGUAGCAAUAGAGAGCACAUCAAAGUUGGAUGAUGAACAAUGGCUUGCUUAUUGGAUUCUAUACUCUUUUCUUACUCUUAUGGAGAUGCUUCUUCAACCUAUUCUACAAUGGAUACCAAUUUGGUAUGAGGUGAAAUUGGGAAUGGUGGCAUGGUUGGUUCUUCCCCAAUUCAGAGGAGCUGCUUUUAUCUAUAACAAAUUUGUGAGGGAAAAACUCAUCAAGAAAUAUGGAUCUUCAUAUAUCCACCAAAAGUCUCACUCUCCAGAUGGAAAAACCAAAAACAAAAUUGUGGAUUACAUCACCCUCAAGAAGGGAGAUCAUUAAUUUAAAGUCAUUGAGGAUGGAUGCAGCAUCAAAUUAGGCUAUGAAUGGUCUUAACUAUGUGGAUAUGUGCCACAUCAAGAUAAUGUAGUCAUGUUGUUGUAGAUCAAAUAGAGAUUGCUGCUAAUAUGAAUGUUAUGUAUCAAUUAGUAUCUAACAUUAGCUUUGAUAUGUGUUUGUACUCUAUAAUUUACAGUUCAAAAA